CGACAGCCUUAUAAAUGCCUCACGCUCAAGCAUCUGUAUCAAGAAUAUUUAUUUCCUAUUCAUCAAAUUACAGCGUAGUCCAUUCACAUAUACAAUAUGCCACUAGAAGUCCACCGCAUCACGUCGCCAGACGACUUGAGAACUUUCGCGGUAAUCCAGAUUGCCGCUUUUGCAAGUGGGGGCGGCAUAGCCUCUUUGCUCAAUCCCGAACCCGUCACCGAUGAACAUAUCAAGAAAUACACCGAAAGGCAUGUCAAAUCCUGGCGCGACGAGCACGAUGUUGUCUAUCUCAAAGUGGUGGAUACGGAUCUAGAUGGCGGCAAGAUGAUUGCUGGUGCGAAGUGGCGCAUCACCGAGAAAGAGAAGACGGAAGAGGAGGCGCAGAAGAUGUACCCGACUCCUGAAGGAGACGAUCUGAACAACCAGGCGCUUGUAGACUUCCUGGGCUUUUUGUAUAGGGCAAGAAAACAAUAUGUGAAUACCAAACCUAUUUGCUUCCUACAAAUUUUGGUAACAGAUCCGGAUCAUCACCGCAGAGGCGCAGGAUCUAUGCUGCUGAAGUGGGGUCUCGGCAAAGCUGACGAACUCGGUCUUCCUGGUUUCUUGGAGGCAUCGCCUAUGGGUAAGCCACUGUAUGAGAGAAUGGGGUUUAGGACUCAGGAAACCGCGGUAUUUGAUCUGACGAAGUACGGGGCGGAGGGUGAGGACACGAACACGAUCAUGAUCAGGGAACCGUCACCAACCAAGGCGUAAGAUGAUAAUGCGACGAAUACUGUGAGUCGUUCGCCAAUGCCUCAAUAAUACCGACGAAUAAUUGUCAAACCUCUAUAAUGAAACCUAUACAUAAAACGGAGGCUCAUUACCACGAUGGCUUUUAUUCAUCGGACCAUGAUCACUUGAUAUGCACGGCCACGUGUCUCUCCCGUAGUUUCUCAAGUCUCAUGGCAAACUCCGACUUGGCGUCUCUUUGAUGGGGCAUCGUCCAGUUUGCCAAUCCCUCUAAUCGCAUCUCUGACAACUUGCUCAUAGUCUCAAGCGCACUAAAGAACUGCUCCACUGUCUCCUUGCACUCCUUAUACUCUUCUUCGACUAGCACAGGCCGUAUCAUAACAAGAGACUUGAUCUCUAACACUGCCUCUCCCGCCAAAGAGAAAAAAAGGACAGCAUC